CGCGAGCCGAGCCACUCGGCGGGACAGGGGCAGCGCCGUCGCACCACCACCCCCCCGCGGCCGCGCGAUGGUACAGCCCGGCCGGGUAAAGCGACUGGGCGGCGCUGGCAGCCACGGAAGCGCUAUGGGGCUGCGCGCGGGUGGAGCGCUGCGGGGAAUGAGCGCCGGGCCCGGGACGCCGGAGGGACGGGGACCCGGGGGCGCGCAGGGAGGCAGCAUCCACUCUGGCUGCAUCGCUGCGGUACACAACGUGCCAAUCAGCGUGCUCAUCCGGCCGCUGCCUUCCGUGCUGGACCCGGCCAAGGUGCAGAGCCUCGUGGACACGAUCCUGGAGGACCCUGACAGCGUGCCCCCCAUCGACGUCCUCUGGAUCAAAGGGGCCCAGGGAGGCGACUAUUACUACUCUUUCGGGGGCUGCCACCGCUACGCAGCCUACCAGCAGCUGCAGAGAGAGACCAUCCCUGCCAAGCUUGUGCGGUCCACCAUUUCAGACCUGAGGAUGUACCUGGGCGCGUCUACGCCAGACUUGCAGUAGCAACCUCCUCAUCUCCCCAGCCCCACUUCCCCAAGCUCAGAAGACACGGGUGGCCCCCAGGGGGUGGGACCAACAGGGGUAUGUUCUCUUUAUACCUAAGGGGAGCCGUCUGCCUCUUGGUGCCUCUGCACUAGCCCCCAGGACCAGGAGUAAGGGGGCCCCCGUUCUCCUGUGCGUGAAAAGAUAUCUUACAUGGCCGAGAUGCUGAAAGAGAACCACAAGGAGGAAGUGGGAAAGGAGAUGGACAUGGAGACAUGGACUCCCUCCGUUGUUACCUUUGAUAACUCAUCACUACAUGAACUAGGUACUAGGAAGUAAAGGAAAACCCAGGUCACUGUGGCUUAAGGGGAAGAGGCUGGUUUUCCCCAUAGCCUGAAUCCUGGCUUGUGUCAAGCUAUCUGUUGACAGGUAUUGUGCCAAGAGCUCAGUGAAGGUAGGGCUUCCUCAGUAAUCCUUUGGCCUUGCCCUCAUUGCUCCUUACUUCCUAGCCACAAGAUGCUUGCUGUAUUUCUAGGAAUCAUGUCUGUGCUCAAGAAAGAAACCCACUGGACCAACUUUUAUCAGAAAGGAAAACCUCAUUUAGAGGUUCAGGGUCCUGGUCUCUGCAGUGUCCUUGGUCUGAGCUAGCCAUCAUUGCCGCCCACAGUUACAGAUGUUAGGGAAUGCUGUCGCAGCUGAGCAUGACUGCCUUGUUGCCCCCCUGGAACUGGCGCUGUGCCUCCUGCAAUAAAACUGGGAUCCCCUUAGCAGGAAA